UUAACACAACUUGAUCCUAAUUAUUAAUACAAGUUAUAAUCCUGUUUUCUUUUGUAUUAUAUUUUUUGGUGAUUUAGCCAACUAAUAAUAUUAACAUUGACUCUAGUUUUUUGAAAACUCAAGACAAGGAAAAAAAAGAAACAAACCAAAUGGAAACUAAUUAUUCCAGGAUUAAUCAAGGAAUAAUUAACAACAAAAAAAAGCGAUCGAACCAAUGUUAAUCCAAAGUUUCCUUAAUCCAGUUAUUUAACAUAUAACGAAAAACAAUAUACCAAAAUCAAUUCCAUUUUAAUUUAAAUCGGAAAUGAGUAAAUUAUGUUGAUAUAUUUGAUUGUAAUAUUUUUACUCUGAAUGAAUCAGAAAGACUUGAUCAUUUCUCUAUCUCUCUCUCUCUCUCUCCUUUCUCUCUCUCUCGAUGUCAAUAUUUCAAAAUAAACCUUAUACAUAUUAAAUUACUAAUAAUGAUCAACAUCAAAGUAAUUAAUCCAUUACAAAAAGGAUUAAGGAUGAGAUAACUUCAAAAUUAAUUUCUUUAAUCAGUAGAUGGACAAUUUUCCAAUGCAUCUAUGCAGCAAAACAAAUUAGAGAGCAUUAAUUAGUUUCUUAUUCUUAGGUCAUUCUACUGAUUCGAUACAACAAUUAAUACCAAAGAUACAGAUCUUUUUUAAGAGCAUUUUUAUCAUCUUUUAUCUUCCAUUGAUUUGAUUAAAAUUGUCAUGCUGUUUAUCCGAUUUCUUGGAGAAAUCACCGAGCUCAUCAAAAUUUACUCUCAAAGAUCAAACAGAAACAUUUUCAUACCAAUUGAUUAACUCUUCCAACAUGGUGCCUACUCAAGUAAAUUAUUUCUCUAUUUUAUGGAAUAUUAUGUUAUCAUCAUUCAACUUGACCACUGAAUCCAAGUUCUUGGACGAUAUAAGAAUCAAUUGGAAGCGAGAAUGUUUCAGCGUAGGAUUUAAAGAAAAAGGGGAUUGUGAUAAACUAGAAUUCCCUAGGUGGAUGGACCGUAGUUCAUUGUAUGAAGAUAGAGCGACAUGUCGCAGGUUUCAUCGACUCGGGUGUUAUUUUGGGAGGAAAAUGCGGCCUUGUUAUGAAUAUGAAGUUACUUGUAAAAUAUAUGAUUCCUAUAGAAAGUUUGUUAAACAAGUGGAUGCGAAUUCAAUCAGUUCCAAUAUUCACAUGAAAUUAUGUGAUGAAGGUUAUCGAGCGGGAGCCUCGGGAAUUUGUGAAGACAUCAAUGAAUGUAUUGAUCGAAAUGAUACUUGCCCUGGUUCUAAUUGUUUCAAUUUGCCAGGUGAAUUCAAGUGCUGUCCAAACGGAGCGGAGCUUGACCACCAAAAAGAGUGUAUCUUCAUUGAUCAAUGUGAAAUAAAUCCGUGUCCCCAAAGGCCAAACAUCGACGAUAAUCAGAUUUGGUGUGUUAAUUACUACACUGGUCGUGAUUGUAUCAGUAAAUUAGUUGAAGGAUAUCAGUUUAUGAGAAUGAGUGAUACGAAUAAAAUUCAGCAAUUAAUUGAUUGGAAUAAUAAAUCACUUCCUCGAUAUUUGGAAUCAUCAAAAAUAGAUAUCACUUUGAAAGGUGAAUCUGAAUUGUUUCAAAAUGAACAAUUAAUCAAAUUGCAACUACAUGAAAGAUUCAAUUGUGAUUGGAAAUUGAAUCUAGAUCAAGUUUGGUCUGCAGUCGAAGAUGAUCAAAUUGUUGAAUCACAAUUCGUUAAAAUAUCUCAACAAUUUAAUUGUUUCGUCUACAUCAAUGGACUAAUUAAACCUCAAAGUUUAGCAGUUUCACUUACAUGUAACAUAAAUGAUCAACCAUAUUAUCGGAAGACAAUUUAUAUUACAUUUAAACCACAAUCAAACAAACUAAAUUGAAUCAUAUCAAGAUUUGUUAACAAUUGUCUUAAUUGUGAUGGAAAUUAUAUCAAAUGAUUAAACCUUUUCCCACUAAUUCACAACCAAUGAGAUUAAUGGAUAAAUGGAUUGGCAAGAAUUAGAAAGAUAUAAAAUAAAAUAGUAACAAUUUCCAAUCAAUUUAGUGUGAAGAUGAGAAAGUAAUCAAUUAAUCAUUUGAUUAUCGUGAUAACUAUUAAUAGAAAUGUAAUAAAAUUGGUUAAUUUAGUUAUUCUCUGAUUCUGUUUCUGUGUUCACCGGAAAGUGAACAAGAUUAACUUGAUUCCUUUUAUAUUGUCUCUGUUUAAGUAAUAAAAAGGUUCGAUCUAGUUAAUUAUUAAUGUUAUCUCUGAAUAGAACAAAAAACAAAAUCAAAUUCGAAAGAAAGAAAGAAAGAAAAGAAAGAGAAAACAUUUACUUCGAUCAAUUUGUUUUCUUUUUGUUACCAAGUUACUUGUUCUUUUCCUUCUUGACAACAUUCAUCCGAUUUCCCUCUUAUUUUCACUUUAUAUUCUUCCAUUUCUAAUUCUACCUUUUAAUUGAUUGAUUUUUCUAUUUCAUUGUGAUCAAAAUCUACAAUUAAAUCCAUAAAAUGGUUAACAAUUUAAUUCUUACCUGAAGAGAAAUGAACUUACCUUUCAACCGAUUUCUUGUUUUCCUUUUUUCCUCCAUCUCAAUGUGCAUAUACACUUCUUAUUGUGGCUUCAUGGCGAUUAAUUAAUUAAUCUUCAUGUAAUUUUAAUCGUGUGAUUGUAUUGUUGGAAUCAAUUUACAAUGUUGGUAAAUUAUUCUUCCAAUCUUGAUAAAUCGUUGACUCGAAGCAACAACAAAUUGCUGUUGAUUUGGUUUCUUCAAUUGAUCAUCUUGUUACUCUCAACAUGUAAAUGUAAACAAUCAACAAUUGCUUUGAUUAAUGUUGACGAUUGUUUAAUUGAUGAAUACUUUGAUAUAAUAUCACUUAAUUGUAAAAAGUGUAACAGUGAUUCCGACCAAUUAACAGGCCUACUACCGUCAAGUUCAGCGUCAUCUUUACCCAAUAAUAAUAAUAAUAAGACCAAGAUAAACAAUUCCAAUGGUAAAAUUAAAUCAUCUUCUGGUUUUGAUUGUACCUGUAAACAAGGUUUCUAUAAGGUUUACCUGGAAAAGGGUUUCUCUUGUAACCUUUGCCCUUCAGGGUCGGUGACAUCGAUUGAUGGUCUUCAUUGUUCAAUUUGCUCAUCACUUUAUCCAUUCCAAUCCAUAAGUAAACAAUGUAAUCCAUGUCCAGUUAACAGUAUUAUCGAUGACAGGCCAUUAGACAAUUCAAAUGAAAUGGAACCAAAAAUGGAGCGAUAUUGUAAAUUGUGUCCAGAUAAUUUUAGAUCAUCAGGUAAUUGGUCAACCCAAUGUUCACCUUGUCAUCUAUCAAUGAAAAAUUGUUCUUGUCCAAAGGAUCACUUUACCCUCUAUGGUGGUUUAUGUUUACCCAACGGUAAUCUGAUCACUGAGAAGGUUGAUCUUUAUCAGGUCACUUAUGAUAAUGGAGAACAGGUUAACUCGGCUUUUUUCAUGGAGAACCUUCAAUCAUCCGUUUAUCAGUGUCAAUAUCAGGGUAACAGGUCAGCGUGUCAACUAUUGGCUAACCUUUGUACUCUACUUAAUUAUCAUCUAAUUGAGACCAAUAGUUUUGGCGGGUUUACCGGAAUCUCUUCAAGCAAAAGUAAAACCAAUGCUUGUACCGAGUUUAUUAAAUUGUCCAAAUUACCGUUGGUUCCGUUAUUGAUUUAUGGUGACAAUGGAAUCAAUGAACUGCGAAAGGCAAAUGUGAUUAGUAAAAUGUUUAAAAUUGAUUCUAAAUUGGAGUUAAUUGCAGCUCGAUAUGAUAUCUAUGGGUCGCUUGUUGAUUAUUCACCAUUGAAACCUGGUGAACUUCAAUUAUGUCAAACUGAACCUGAUUCAUUGGAUUCGGGCUUUAAUUUUGGAACCAAUUAUUAUCAAAGAUGUGAAAAAGAUGUUAAAUCCUUGUGGGAUUCGAGAUCAUCUUCAUCCGUCAUCUUUUAUGAUCUUUAUCUGCUAGAUGAUGAUCAAGAUCCUGAUGCUGUUUAUCCGAUUCCGGUGAUGGUCACUAAUUUAAUCGAAAAUGGUGAGCCAGUUAAUCGAGGGGAUGAUGACCAGAAGCGACGUCUCGUUCGUCGAUUUUAUCUGAUAGAAUCAUUUGUUGGUGUCGAAUUGAAAAAAGACGGAAUUUCUGAUGUUCCAAGCGAAUCUUCAUCUGGUAAAAGUUCAUCUGAAGGAAUUAAAAUUCUGAUUCUAUUGAUUCGAGUUCAGAUUAUCUGAGAUACGCUCAAAGUAUAACGAUUAACAUUGUGAUCAGUAAAACUGAUGGAAGUGGUUCCAUUUAUCCGCCAUGGAUUAAGAUCACUUAUGGAUUAAUCACAAGGGAAGAUUAUGUUGCCGGUGGUCGAGUUUCUGUUGAAUUUAGGAUCAACUAUUCAACUGAUCAGAAUAAAAAUUCUCGAGAUUUAUCAAUUUCCUUAGGUGUUUUCUGUGGCCUUGCGGUGCUUUUCGCCCUUUUCCGAGCCUGGGCUUGGGCCAAAAGACAAGGUAAACAAGCGGUUGACCCCAUCACCAUUUCGGAGUUUCUGAUAAUCAGUGUUGGCUUUUUGGCUGAUGCCUUUUUCCUCGUUUGUAUUGGAUUUUCUAUCCAUUCAUUUAUCAUCUACAAGCAGCAAUCUGUAGUCCAUGACCUUUUACCUUCUUCCGGAUUAGAGGCGACGAUUCGGGUCUAUUUGUACAUUUCUUUCGCUCUCAAAUCUGUCACCAUACUUCAUGAUCUCAUUAUCCUUUCUCAUACGAAUAUUUUUCUCAUUGAUUGGGAGCGACCAAGAGUAAUCACUGUUACCAAACGAGCGCGAAUCGAACCUUCAGAAAGGAAGUCCACUAUUGAUCAUCUUGGCGGUGAUAAUGUGAACUCCACGGGGAAUACAACGGCGACGAAAACACCGACUGGAAAUAAUAUCAGUAAUGAUAGUGGGGUUGAUGGUUCUGUAGGUCGAAAGCCAAGUUCCGGUGCCGUUACAAACUCUCUUGGAUUAACUGGAAAACUGUCUCAAGAUAAAUUAUCGUUUGCCCACUGUCCAGCAGUCUCUAUUUGGAGAACCUAUUUUGUCGCCAACGAAUGGAUUAAAUUGUGUACCUAUCGCCGAAUCAAAACAAGUCUCCAUCUUUUUCUGGUUCUUUUGUUUCUCCACAGUUUAGGAUUGGAAAAUUUGACCACCGCUGAUACUCAGAAUAAUCUUAAACUUGACCCUGGUCAACGUUUUGUUCCCGAAAGUCAAACAUGUCGACUUGCAAUUGGAAGUUUAGUUUUCUUUCUCUUGGGUCUUUGCCAAUUAAUUUGGCAUCGAAUUUUUUUCGAGCGAAUGUACAAAAAUCGCCUCGAUGAAUUUGUCGACCUUUGCUCAGUUUCCAAUGUUUCCCUUUUUUGCCUUCUCUAUCAACGAUUUGGUUUCUAUAUUCAUGGUCGAUCGCCCAAUGGCCGCGCCGAUGUAAACAUGAAAGAAAUGCACGAACUUUUAAAACGAGAAGAGGAUGACCUUUGCUCGAAACGAGGUUUACUUCCCAAUACUGACCAUCAAACCUUUGAAAUGUUACUUCCUUCAUCCAUUGCUGACCAAUGUAAUCGUAUUCGCGCUCUAUUGACCACCUAUUCUCAGGGGGCCGAGAGGAUGCAAGGUGUUGGUGGACAUUUGUUCAAAGUUGACCUUGAGAAAGUCGUGCCCACUUAUGUUAUGCUGACCAAAUUUCUCGCGGGCUACAUUGAACACGCCUUUAAGGACGCUGAUUAUACGGUCAAAGAUAAAUCGAACAUUGAAUCUGUUCUUGAUUUCGAACUUGCUGAACCUGGUGAUCGAGGCUUCCUUUAUAACGAUAAUGGUCAUUCUUUUGAUCAACUCAUCUUUUAUGGGAACGAAUUUAAAUUGUUCACCUUUGAGCUUAUGCUAUUUAUUUUCGUCGAUCUAAUUAGCCACAGUUAUUUAGCUUCGAUCGUUUUCACCUUUCUAAUUAUCGAGUUGAUUAAAAGUUAUUUCAUUGUCGCUUAUAAACGGAACAUUGUGAAAAAAGCUUUAAUCGAUGAACGGUUUCUAAUGUGAAACAAUUUAUCGAAAAUGAUCAUUUUUAAUUGCGAAAUUUAUUCAUCCACAAUCAGCUAAUUGUAAUUGGAAAAUUAUUUUUCAACCAUUUUUUUCUUGGAUCAAAUUAUUAAGACACAGGCAACAAUCAACUCAAGAAUUUAAAUUAACUACAAUCUAUUUAUCUCAUCUUGUAUUUCUCAAAUUGUAAACAAUUAACUAAUUUUCAUAAUCAGCUCAUCUUGAUUAACUUAAUUUUUCUUGUUUUUGAUUAAAUUUUCCAUUCUAAAUUGAAUCGUACAUUUGAAAGGAAUAUUUUUAAUUUUAUUUAAUUUUUUUCACAAAUUUUGUGAAUCUACAAUUGCAAAUAAUAAAUUAACUUAAUUGAUAAUCUUUUUUUCUAGUUUAAAUUAAUUUCUAACAAUUUAAACAGAAACUUUUAAAUUAAUGUUUCUUAUGUUCAUCAGGAUGAUGUUUCUCAGAGUGAUGAUGAUGUUUCUUGUGCCCGUGGUGCUUAUGCUCAUGGUGUUUGUGUCCAUGGUCAUGAUGACCUCCAGCAUGGUGCUAAAAGAAAAAAAAAUUAAUUAAAAAAAGUGAUUAGUUAAUUAUUAAUAGAAUUGUGAUUCCUUGAAAUUCGAAAAAACCGCGCGAAAUUUAACUAGUUUCAUUUUGGAAGAUUUUCUCUCAUCAGAUGUCGCUAGUUAGCUAACGAAUUGUUGAAGUUAAGAUUUAAUUGUUCAAUUGAAUUUAAUUGAUUGGUUGAUUAAUUAUUGAUUCUUUUGUUCCCUUCCGUUAAUUGACUUUUAAUUAUUUGCAAGAACAUCGAAUCUGGUUAAAGUCUCUUCAGUAGAGCUUUAGGUUUUUCUUUUCUCAAUUACUUUAAUCACCGAAUUUGAAAUCUAUUCAAAAUGGAGGCUAAACCUUCAAAGCCUAGAGACUAUUGGUCAAUGUAUUCAAGCUUAUUUCGAGGAUCAGACAUUGAAGACUUUCGUGAUGGAAAAGCUCGAGAUCAAAUGCUAAGGACAAAUGCUUCAGUUUUCGCAAUCACUUAUAGAGAUGACAUUGAUACCCUAAGAAAGACAAUUGUUGCUGAUGCUUGUGAUAUAUGCGAAUCAGUAACUGUUUUAAAUCAAUUUGUUUUCACUGAGCGUCAAAGGUUAAAGGCAAUCAUUUACAUCUUAAAUGCUCUUUGUGAACGUUACAAAGUGGAUUUGGAAACAAGCCUUAAACCUGGUUAUGCAUUUGUCGAAAGACUCAAUCGAAUUGAAAAAGCAGUGACUGACAAUCAGGAAAUGGUUAAAAAAUGUAGUGAAAAACAACAGGAACAAUUACAAAUGAUAAUUGAUCAUAUAAAUGGAAUCAGUGAUGACCCCGAAGAUUUAACUGUUGCCAAAUCAGACAAUCAGGAUUAAUUUCCAUUCGGAAGAUCAUGACAAUCAUCUAAUUAUAACCAUAAAGAGCCUCAUAUACAACGAAUACUACCUAAUUCACCUUAA